GCUCUGUCACCUCUGCUGGGAAAUGUUUGGUAGUUAGAGCCCGGCCUGCACCGGGAGCGGACACGGAGCCUUACGGCCGGGCGUAGGGUACAUGCCGGACAGACAGAGGUGCGGCGCAGCAUCCGGGGAGGUGGCAGGGCCAGUGGGGCGGUAGCUGCAGGUCAGGAUGCCUCCGGGAGUUUACUGCCCAGUAGACUUCUGGGCUAAAGAGGAGAAGCAGAGCAUAGCGGUGGAUUUCUUGCUUCCCACUGGCAUUUACCUCAGCUUCCCUGUGCCAUGCAAUGCCAGCUUGGGCAACAUUAAACAGCUGCUAUGGCACCGGGCACAACAGGAACCGCUCUUCCACAUGCUCAGCCACCCGACGUCUUACGUCUUCACUUGUAUCAACCAGACGGCCGAGCAGCAGGAGCUGGAAGAUGAGCAGCGGCGUCUCUGCGACAUUCAGCCCUUCCUGCCUGUCCUGAGACUCGUAGCCAGAGAAGGUGACAGGGCCGAAAAGCUUCUGAACUCACAGAUAAGCCUGCUUAUUGGCAAAGGUCUGCAUGAAUUUGACUCCUUAAACGACUCUGAGGUGAAUGACUUCCGCUCCAAAAUACGGCAGCUGUGUGAAGAGAUCGCCACACGUCGGCAGCAGAUGACAUGGCAGAACUGGAUGGAGUCUAACUUUCCUCUUCAGCUGGAACCCUCAACCAAGGUGUUCGCAAGAGGAUCAUCGUCUAGCAAAAGUGUUAUGAUCAACAUCAAGUUUGAGAAUAGCGAGGAGAGCUUCACCCUUCAAGUGGCCCUGUUAGAUUUCCCAAUCUCCCUUGUUCGAUUGGCCCUUAAGAAAAAGUCCAACGUGUUUGGUCAGCAGUGCCUGGGUCGCGCAGAGGAUUACACUUUGCAAAUCAAUGGCAUGUUGGAAUAUGUGUAUGGAAAAUACCCGCUCUGCCAGUUCAAGUAUAUUAAUGACUGUUUGCUCCGGAAAUGCGUUCCUCACCUCACCUUGAUCUCCUUAUCAUCUACAAUGCCUGACCAACAAGAGAACGUCACAAUCCCCACCUCAAAACUCCGUCACAAACCCCCACCUCUGCCCACCAAAAAGCCGCAUGUAGUAUCCCUGUGGAAGAUAGAGCAGCCCUUCAGUAUAUACCUUAUUCAAGGGGCCAACGUGAAUGCAGAUGACAGUUUGAAGCUGCUGGUUCAGUGUGGUCUAUAUCAUGGGAAUGAGCUCCUGUGCAAAACUGUAGCAAGCAUUGAGGUCAAUGCUACAUCCGAUCCACUUUGGCAGCAAACCCUUGAAUUUGAUAUAAAUGUGUGCGAUCUUCCUCGGAUGGCGCGGCUCAGUCUAGCACUAUAUGCCGUAGACAAGUCUAAGAAAGCCAGAUCCACCAAGAAAAAAUCAAAGAAAGCUGACUACCCCAUUGCCUGGGUGAACACGAUGGUGUUUGACUACAAGGACAUGCUGAAGUCUGGGGAGUAUGCGCUCUGCAUGUGGUCCUCCUUCCCAGAUGAAAAGGGGGAUUUACUUAACCCGAUGGGGACUGUGCACAGUAAUCCAAAUACGGAGAGUGCAGCUACACUGAAGAUCUGCUUUCUCUCUGCCUCUGAGCACCCUGUCUAUUACCCUUCUAUCGAUAAGAUUCUAGAACUGGGGCGGAAAGGAGAAAUGUCAACCUCAACUCCAGAAGAGCAGCUGCUGCAGCUCCAGGAGAUAGUGGAGAGGAAGGGUCAAGCUGAGCUGUACGAACACGAGAAAGAUCUUGUGUGGAAACUGCGGCAUGAGAUCCGGGAGCACUACCCAGAGGCGCUGCCCAAACUGCUUGUCACCACCAAGUGGAACCGGCACGAAGAUGUAGCUCAGAUGGUUUACCUGUUGCAGUCCUGGCCUGAGCUUCCAGUCCUCACAGCACUUGAGUUGCUGGACUUUAACUUUCCAGACCGUUAUGUGGGAUCCUUCACUAUCAGCUGCCUGAGGAAACUGACGAACGAGGAGCUGUGUCAGUACCUUCUACAGCUGGUGCAGGUGCUGAAGUAUGAAUCGUAUCUAGACUGUGAAUUAACAAAGUUCCUGCUGGAGAGAGCUCUGGUCCACCGCAAGAUCGGUCACUUCCUAUUCUGGCACCUUCGCUCAGAAAUGCACGUUCCUGCGGUGGCGCUGCGGUUUGGGCUUAUUCUAGAAGCCUACUGCCGUGGGAGUAAUUAUCAUAUGAAGGUCCUCAUGAAGCAGGGUGAAGUUCUCUCAAAGCUAAAAGGUCUGAAUGACUUUGUGAGGUCGAGCAUUCAGAAGACCUGCAAACCGCAAGCAAAGGAAGCCAUGCACGUGUGCCUGAGGCAGGAGAGUUACCUAGAAGCGCUGUCACAUCUGUAUUCUCCACUCGACCCCAACCUGAUCCUAACUGAUCUGUGUGUGGAUCUCUGCACCUUCAAGGAAUCAAAGAUGAAACCUCUCUGGGUUGUCUACAACAGUGAUCUUUCUGGUGGAAGCCGUGUUGGGAUUAUUUUCAAGAAUGGAGAUGACCUGCGGCAGGACAUGCUGACACUGCAAAUGAUUAAGCUGAUGGACUUUCUCUGGAAGCAGGAAGGCUUAGACCUCAGAGUAACUCCCUACGGCUGCCUCUCAACGGGGGACAAGACUGGUCUUAUUGAGGUUGUCAUGCAGUCCGACACCAUUGCAAACAUCCAGCGCAAUAAAAGCAACAUGGCCGCUACAGCAGCAUUCAACAAGGAUGCCCUACUGAACUGGUUAAAGAGCAAGAACCCAGGGGAUGCCCUGGAACAGGCCAUUGAAGAGUUCACACUAUCCUGUGCAGGGUACUGCGUUGCCACGUACGUUCUGGGCAUCGGAGACAGACACAGCGACAAUAUCAUGAUACGGGAAACUGGGCAGCUGUUUCACAUAGAUUUUGGUCAUUUCCUGGGUAAUUUUAAGACCAAAUUUGGAAUUAAUCGAGAGCGGGUGCCAUUUAUAUUAACAUAUGAUUUUGUGCACGUCAUUCAGCAAGGAAAGACCAACAACAGUGAGAAAUUUGAGAGGUUCCGUGAUUACUGUGAAAAGGCUUAUACUAUCCUGCGGCAGCAUGGGCCUCUCUUCCUAAAUUUGUUUGCACUGAUGAAAGCAGCUGGGCUGCCCGAACUCAGCUGCUCCAAGGAUAUCCAAUACCUCAAGGAUUCCCUGGCCCUUGGUAAGACUGAAGAUGAAGCCUUGAAGCACUUCCGGGUAAAGUUUAAUGAAGCUCUACGCGAGAGCUGGAAAACCAAAGUGAACUGGUUUGCUCAUAACGUGUCCAAAGACAACCGGCAAUGAAUGUGUGUCAGGAGCAGCACGAAGACAGAUCUGUCCCUGGAGAUGAGGGAACGUACAGAAUGAUCUCAUUACAAACUGCGGAGGCCAUGGCUAACUCCAUGCUUCUCAAGCAUAGGUAACAUAUAAAUGUUUACAGAAAUGGUAUGUAACAUGCCAAGUCUUGUAAGCUGUUGCACUGCAGUCUUUAUCCCUACUGACUUAUUCAUGGAAGUUGAUUCUCAAGUAUCUUGCUGGAACCUCAGCCAUCUGGAAACAAUUGGGAUACAGUAUAAACACAUUGCCUCUAAGCUUCACACAGUCUUGGCAUAACGCAUCAUCACCUUCAAACUGCGCAUUUAUGUUGGUUACUGUGCCAUUUGUUAGCCAAGCCUGCAGUAUCCAGUGGAUGGUUGUGACCUUCAUGCUAAGGAAUACAGCUCGUGUCAUUUGUAUCGUUUCCAGGAUUUUGAUUCCAGAAGGAAACAUUUUAUCAAACUCCUCGCCGCUCGAGCAGCACUAAAAUGGUUUAUAUGAAGUUGUCCUUUUUUGUGGAUUUGCAGUACUGGGGCCUUUAAUUCCAAACUCUGUGAAUUAGAUUUGCAAGAAAAUGUAUAAUUUUUUUUUGUUCUUGGGAACAUGAAUAGAGAUUUUUUUUGCACUGACUUGUUGCAGACUACUUUUUUUGUUUUCUGCCAAUAUAAGUAGUAAACCUCUAACGAGGUAUUGUCGCAAUAACCCUAUUGUGUUUGUGAUACAAGGUGUACAUUGUGCAUGUCUGUGGUUUAGAAUAUAUAUUAUUUGGUGGGACGUUUGACAUUAUAUAUUUUUACUUUGUUUUUGUAUAAAAUCACCCGCAAAUUUCUGUAUCAUUUCUGAUUUUUAUUCAUUUUGUUUGGAGAGAUGCGCGACUGCAACUGUUUUUCUUAAACGAUGCACUAGGUAAUUUUUGCACAAGACAAACUGUAUUAUUUUGUGUUUCUAUGAGAUUCAACUUAAGUUUUUGUUUUUCACAAAAUUUUUAUUUAUCCACAAAAUGUUCAGAUCAUGUAUAAUAAUUUGUAAAUUUACCAAAGGAAGAAAAUGUAAUGUCUUUUUAAAUGCAACUUCUGAAUCUCUGGGCUGGAGUCUUGGAGCAGUGUUAACCCCCCCCCCCCCCCCCAAACUGAAAUGCUUUGUAGGGAACAAACAUGAAAAUUAUCAACAAAGCUGAUUUGUUUGUCAGCCACUGUAAAUAAAAUAUUGCACAUUGUGGGAAA